AUGACGUCCCGCGAGGACAGAUUGUUCGACGAGAACAAGUACUUCUUCCCCGAGGGCGCCGCCGCCAUCCUUGAGCAGCGGAGUGAGCAGCCGUGGUUGGAAGUGCUAGCCGAGAGAGACGAGCAAGGGACGCCCGGUUUGCAGCCGGUGCCAAAUGAGCAAAAAUACGUGCAGCAGCAGAACAUCUCCGGAAUCAAAGGAUUAUACGAAAACAACAUUGCCCCGGUAUAUUUGCCCGUGCACGCGGCCAUUGCAGGCCCAUCAUCGUUGCUAGCUCCAAGCGAUGCUGGGCGAGCAUUUACACCAGCACCAGCACCAGUACCAGCGCCAGCAUCGCCGCCAGCGACUGCACCCACGACUUCACAUGAUGGCGCCGACCUCUACUUGUCCGACGAUCAAGACCAUGGAACAACUAUAUCCUCGCUGAGGGAACCAUGGUCGCAGCCAGAUUUCACAAACUUUGCGCAACAAGACCAGCAACAGCAACAGCAACAGCAAUAUGCAUCUUGGAGCCAAGCAAGUGACCCCGAGGUGCACAAUCCUUCAUGGACACAUGCGACAGUGCCAGAACAGAACCAGCAUUAUAUACAGCCAACGACGGAAUACGUGCAACAAUACUUGGCUCCCGUAGCAUCGUAUGCACCACAUGGCUAUCAACCCUCGAGUGUAGUUGUGCAGGCCGAUCCGUCCAAACAUGCUUACUGGGCAAAGUUUUCAGAGUAUAACGGUGGACAGUUGCCAUCUCAUCUUUCUCAACACUCGCAUUCGCACUCAUCCUUGGAUGUCUCAUCGCAGUAUUCGGGCGGGAACUUUUCGGGUUGGGCUCAUGGCCCAGACCAACGGACAUUACAGCACGUAACUCCGGAUAUGCCCCUGAUGAAUGACAAAGCCAGUGCAUCCUCCAAAAAGCUGCCGCUGACUGCCAGGUGGACUAAGAAGCAAAUAUGGUGGAUGGCAGGGGGUAUAUUUCUGCUCGUGGCCAUUGGUGCAAUCAUAGGAGGAGUGCUCGGGAGUAGACAUUCAAAUAAUGGUUCAAAAGCUAAAUCUUCAUCAUCAUCAUCAGCAGCAUCGUCAGACGCAAACAGCACUGUUUCGUAUGAGAUGAAAACUAUUAGGCGAAACUCGAGGUUGGCAGUCACGGGCUACAGAGGAUCAAGCGGAAAUUACACUCUCCGCCUCUUCUUCCAGGAUCCAGACCACCAUAUACGGUUCAUGGAUAAGUCGAGUGUCGGCGGGACUUGGACGGAUCCCACGACACUCGACACGCUUGGCUACCAGCCCAAGCCGUAUAGCUCUAUUACAGCGGGAUCAUACGUCUGGAACUCCCCCAGGUUCGACCUCUUUUCAACCUCGACACGCAAGGGCACAGCCAGCUCCCUUAAUGACUACCCGCUGCAGGCGGCCGAGAACUCGAGCCUGUCGUGCUACUUCCCCUACCUCGUCUCGCAAGACGCCAUCGACGCGUCGCAGACGCGCUGGACCCGGAUGCUGGGCAAGAACGGCUCCGACGCGUCCCAGCCGUGGUGGGAAAACGACACCGUCGCGGACGCGGCCGACGCCUACUCGCCCGACGCCGGCUUCGUGCUGCUGCCCGUGGCGCAAAAGUUUCAGGAAAACGCCGGCUUUGCGUACCGGAAAACCACCGGCGGCGGUCUCGGCCUGGCCAUGAAGGACUACGACGGCGGCGACACCCUGACCGACGUCUCGUGGACCCGCGGCACGACGCCCUCGGCCGACGGUAUCGCCGCCGGCUCGGCCGUGGGCGGGUUCGUGGUCGGUCGGCAGUAUACACAAUCCGACAUCAACACGUAUAUUCUAUACCAGGACACCGACGGCGUGAUUCAGGUUGUCUGGCAGGACGGGGACGGCUGGCGCGGGCCCCAGACGUAUGACGCGCUUAAUGACGCCGAGCCCGGCACGGAUAUCGAGUGUCUGACCCAGGGAGCGUGGGAGGGCACUGGCGUGCAGGUGUCGGUGGAGCAGGACAUGAAUCGGUGCUUCUUCCAGGAGAAGGGCACGGGACGGCUGAGAGAAGUGUGGUUCAACGGUACUGACUGGAGGAACGAGGGCUAUGUGCCCCUCGACUAG